CUGAGAAGUACGCGAGCGAGCGUCCCAGGAGGAACAAAGAUUUGCCACAGAGAAAUACAGUCCUGUCUAGGGAGCUAGAAAUCUGUUACUACGGUCUUGCACAUUGAAGCAUCACAAGGCAGGAUUUCAGCUUCUCACACUGGGUUGUGAACCAACUCCAUUCAUCUGACUCCAAGCAGGGUGUAUCCUUGAUGGAGGUCACCUUACUGAGGACAGAACAGGGGCCAUUGUCACGAGUCUGACCUUGACUGCCCUGUGUGAAGGCGCUGGACCAAUCUUGAUCAUAAAUGACUCAAGAUACGGUUCUUCUUUGGGACAGCAUCUUGACAGCCAUACCUGCAGCCUGCAGAUUGUGCGUCACCAGCAGCUUAGAGGAAGGAGGAAGAAGUGCCUGCUUUGGGCAGUAUUAUUUCUGGGAUGUCCUCAGUAUUAUUUCUGAGAUUGAAAUUUGUGAACAUCAUUAGAGCUGAUCCACGUAGGACAAAAAUAGAGCAUGUAGUUGCCGGCAGUGUCCUAAGGACCAAUGAAAAUGACCAAGGCUCAGAAACCACUGACAUUCAACGAUGUGGCAGUAAAGUUCACCUUGGAAGAAUGGCUACUCCUGAACCCUGCUCAGAAGACUCUAUAUCAGGAUGUGAUGUUGGAGAACUAUCGCAACCUGGUUUCCAUUGAAAUCGAGAAAGAUGUUCAUUUACUUGAGUACUCGCAACAUGAAAGAAGCGUGGACAGAAUGGAAGAAUGCUAUAAGUUUAAUACAUUGGAAAGUAUUGUUUAUCAACAGAACAUGUUUGGCUUACAUGAAAGAAUUGUAAAAUCAGAUUUAAUCAUUCUGCCAUUAAAUCUGUACAGUAGCAACAAAAUAAAGCCAUCAGCUGUGCUCAAUGGAGAUGAGAAAACUUUUACGCAUGUUGAACAAGAGCAAUUUUAUGCUGAAAUGAAAUUGCCUGAGUGUGAAAAAUCCAGUAGCAUGAAGUCACAGUGCAUCCAACAUCAGGAAUCUGACAAAAUUGAGAAACCAUGCAUAAGUGAUAAAUGUGGGAAACCCUUCAUCAAGGAGUCUUUCCUCUGUGAGCAUCAGAUCAUUCAUAUACUAGAGAAGGACUUUGAGUGCAAUCAGUGUGGGCAAGAAUUCGAUGAAGUGUUCAAACCCAAUGAACAUUAUCGAAAAACUCAUAAAGGACAAAAACCAUAUAAAUGCUUGGAAUGUGGCAAAGUAUAUCACAGUAAGGCAUACCUCAGGGAACAUCAGAAAACUCACGUGGAAGGGAUGCCCUGUGUAUGCAGUGAAUGUGGGAAAGGCCUCACCAGGAACAGUGAUCUCAAUGCUCAUUGGCGAGCUAAUACUGUAGAGAAAUCCCAUGUAUGUGGUGGAUGUGGCAAAGGCUUAAUUCAGACAUCACAUCUCAAAACUCAUCUACAAACUCGUAUAGGAGAAAAAUCUUAUGUAUGCGGUGAGUGUGGAAAAACCUUUAUCUGGAAGAAUGUUCUCACUGAUCAUCAGCAAACUCAUACUAGAGAGAAACCCCAUUUAUGUGGUGAAUGUGGAAAAUCCUUUUCCUGGAAGGCUGCUCUCACUGUUCAUCAGCGAACUCAUACUGAAAAGAAACCCCAUGUAUGUGGUGAAUGUGGCAAAGACUUCAUUUGGAAACCACGUCUCAAAACUCAUCUACGAACUCAUACAAGAGAAAAACCCUAUGUAUCCAGUGAGUGUGGUAAAGCUUUCAGUCAGAAAAAAUACCUUAUAGCACAUCAGACAUUUCAAACACAAGAUAAAUCCCAUGUAUGUGGUGAAUGUGGAAAAUCCUUUAUCUGGAAGAAUGCACUCACUGUUCAUCAGCAGACUCAUACUGGAGAGAAACCCUAUGCCUGUGAUGAAUGUGGAAAAGCCUUUAGCAGGAAGAAUGCUCUCACUGUUCAUCAGCGAACUCAUACUGGAGAGAAACCCCAUGUGUGUGGUGAAUGUGGAAAAGCCUUUAUCACAAAGAAUGAACUAACUGUUCAUCAGCUAACUCAUACUGGAGAGAAACCCCAUGUAUGUGGUGAAUGUGGAAAAGCCUUUUUCUGGAAGUCUACUCUCACUUAUCAUCAGCGAACUCAUACUGGAGAAAAACCCCAUGUAUGUGGUCAAUGUGGAAAAGCGUUUAUCAGGAAAACAGCUCUCACUGAUCAUCAGCGAACUCAUACUGUAGAGAAACCUCAUGUAUGUGGUGAAUGCGGCAAAGGCUUCAUUCGGAAAGCACGUCUCAAAACUCAUCUACGAACUCAUACAGGAGAAAAACCCUAUGUAUGCGGUGAGUGUGGUAAAGCUUUCAGUCAGAAGCAAUGUCUUAUAGUACAUCAGACAGUUCACACAGAAGAUAAACCCCAUGUAUGUGGUGAAUGUGGAAAAGCCUUUAUCAGGAAGAAUACUCUAACUGUUCAUCAGCGAACUCAUACUGGAGAGAAACCUUAUGUAUGCGUUGAGUGUGGUAAAGCUUUCAGUCAGAAGCAAUGCCUUAUAGUACAUCAGACAGUUCACACAGAAGAAAAACCCCAUGUAUGUGGUGAAUGUGGAAAAGCCUUUAUCAGGAAGAAUACUCUCACUGUUCAUCAGCGAACUCAUACUGGAGAGAAACCCCAUGUAUGUGGCGAAUGUGGAAAAGCAUUUAUCAGGAAAAACGAGCUUACUAUUCAUCAGCGAACUCAUACUGGAGAGAAACCCCAUGUAUGUAGUGAAUGUGGAAAAGCUUUUAUCAGGAAGAAGGACCUCACAGUUCAUCAGCGAACUCAUACCGGAGAGAAACCCCAUGUAUGUGGUGAAUGUGGAAAAGCAUUUAUCAGGAAGUCUGCUUUUACUUAUCAUCAGCGAACUCAUACUGGAGAGAAACCCCAUGUAUGUAGUGAAUGUGGAAAGGCCUUUAUCUGGAAGAAUGAGCUCACUGUUCAUCAGCGAACUCAUACCGGUGAGAAACCCCAUGUAUGUGGUGAAUGUGGAAAAGCCUUUAUCAGGAAGACUGCUCUCACUGUUCAUCAGCGAACUCAUACUGGACAGAAAUGUAUUUGGUGAAUGUGGUAAGCCUUCAUUCAGAAAGCAAAUAUCAAAACUCAUCUAUGAAUUCAUACUGGAGAAAAAAUAUAUGUGAUGAGUGUGGUAAAGCUUUCAUCUGGAAAAGUUUCCUUACAGCACAUCAGAGAUUUCACACAGGAAAAAGGCCCUUUGAAUGAAUUAAAUGUGGAAAAUCUUAUAUGUGGAAGUCAAGACUCAUCAAACAUGAGAACAUGCCCAAAAAGAAAACCUUUUAUUGGGGUGAGUGUAACAAAGCUUUCAAAACAAAGGAAGAGGCACUAGAGUUCGGCCUGGGCCAAAUGCAGAAACAUGAUUGUGACUUACCAUGUGUGUACACAGGUUCUGAAUUGCUGUCCCUCUACUGACAUGGCCCACCGGUGUGGGGAGAGGGCCUUCCAGACUUCCACAGGGUGCAUGGGUACCUUAUUGCUCUUCCAGCUUUCAGUCCCUGAAAGAGCUGGACCUGCUGUUUCUGGAUCACAGUUAUACCAAGCAGUAGAGUGCCCACCCAGAUGCAAGUAGUGCUUGCCCCACCUCCAUGUUCUCUGUUGCCCCUGGACACAGCACAGAAGUACCAUAAAAUAAGAAUGAGCAAAAUAGAAGAUGUAUGAGAACAAUUUGUCCAGAGGAUGAAUGGACCACAGCAAACCUCAGCCUCCACGACCCUGAGACCAGAAGAACUAGAUGCUGUCCAGCUUCCACUGCUAAUUACUCUGAAAGGGAUCACAAAAGAGAGUCAUGAGUCGAGUGGGAGAACAAAGUGGAACAAAACCCAAAGUCAUUAAAUAGACCAGGCUUACUGGUCUGAGGGAGACUUGGAAUCCCCAGACUAUGACCUUUAGCGACUCUUCACUCCUGGAACUGUACUCUCUCCUCUGACUCAGCUCUCAGCCCAACAACACAGACUUGCAGGGGAAGAACAACAUCCAGGAGGUAGACACUCCUUAGAACAAUCCACCAAACAAAAUCAAAAGACAGCAUUUGCUUAUGGAUAAAAACUCUUAAGCAAGAUGGAUCAGGAAAAAAGGAUGAAUAAUAAUGGAAAAACACAGGGAGGGCGGAAGUUGGAAGAGUGCUGGUACAUCUUGGGGACUGCAAUCCAUGUAUGAAAUAUAUGGAAAACCAAUAUACUCUAAAAUUUUAAAUCCUAAUAAAAAGUUUAAAAAUAAAUGAA